AUGAGUUCCCAGAGCCUCAUUUUGCCUGCUAACUUGUUUCUUCUUCUGCUAAUAGCUGGUUGUCAUGCUGAACUUCGAGUUGAUUACUACAAAAACACAUGUCCAAAUGUUGAAUCAAUUGUUCGAAGAGCAGUUGAAAUGAAACUUCAGCAAACACUUGCGACAGCUCCUGCUACACUUAGGCUUUUCUUCCAUGAUUGUUUUGUUAUGGGGUGUGAUGCUUCUGUGAUACUGGCUUCAAGAAACCAAACAUCUGAGAAGGAUAAUCCUAUAAAUCUUUCACUAGCUGGUGAUGGGUUUGACACUGUGAUCAAAGCCAAGGCUGCAGUGGACAGUGUACCUGGCUGCCAGAAUAAGGUUUCAUGUGCUGACAUAUUGGCAAUGGCAACUAGGGAUGUUGUAGCAUUGGCAGGAGGACCAUCUUAUGCAGUAGAAUUGGGAAGGCUAGAUGGGAGAAUCUCAACAAAAGCCAGUGUUGAACACCAAAUACCUCAUCCUGAUUUCAAACUAGAACAACUGAACCGUAUGUUUGCUUCACAUGGACUCACUCUUACGGAUCUAGUUGCUCUAUCAGGAGCACAUACUAUUGGGUUCUGCCACUGCAGUCAGUUCUCCAAACGGAUUUACAACUUCAACGGAAAGAAAAACAUUGAUCAUACACUUAAUUCUGCGUAUGCAAAAUAUCUCCAACAAAAGUGUCCAAAAAAUGUGGACCCCAGAUUAGCCGUUGAUUUGGACCCAAUUACACCAAGGACAUUUGAUAACCAAUACUACAAGAAUCUUCAGCAAGGAAAAGGACUCCUCGCUUCUGAUCAAGCUUUGUUUACUCAUAAAAGAACAAGAGGCAUAGUGAACUUGUUUGCAUCCAACAACACAGCCUUCGAAACGUAUUUUGUAAGUGCUAUGAUAAAAUUAGGACGGAUCGGGAUUAAAACAGGAAACCAGGGUGAAAUCCGGCGUGAUUGCACAAUGGUUAACUGA